GCUGUGUGCGGGUGGAAGGUACGUUCGGGCCGCUCUUCAGUUCCUCACCGCUGAGUCACGUGCUUUUUUCGCAGGUUCAUCCGCCGCCGCGAGGUAGCGUGCCGGUUCCGCCGCUCUCACUCGUAUCAUAUGAAACUCAUCAAAAUGUGCAAUAUAGUGUAAACAUUUGGGUUGAAGAAUUGCGUCUCUCAAAAACGAAAAUAAAAUAAAAAUGUGCAAGUAUGGAUUUGGGCACCAUCGUGACCUUCUUCGACAAGGGCGGAAAGUGUUUGUGGGUGGAUCUUUCCUCUUAAUGAGGCACUCGAUCAUUUCAUCAUAAGGAUUUUCAAAGCGUCCUUUCAAAGCGUAUCAGAAAAUAACGCAUCACCGCUCGCAAAUAAAUGUCUGGGAUUUCAUAAUCUUGGAGACUUAAACGCGGGUUGAAAAAAGUAGGCGCCGCCGGGCAAUACUGACACUUGUGACCUUUGCGGGAUUGGACUCUGACUUUUUUACGAACGAUACCUUUUCGAUGGUUUUGAAUUGGUGCGAUACAAAGUCUGAGUGAUUGGCUCUCCGAUAGUGAGUUUAAUUAGUGUUAGGAUCUUGCUCGAUUCUGGAGGCUCUGUGCGCUUUUUUUAGUUAGUCUCAAAGUUCGGGAUUUAAAAUGUGUAUUCAAACUUCUCGUCUAAUCGACAUUCAUUCUGCGCGAAACGAGGAUUAUUUUUGUGCGAAGUGUCAUACGUACGUGAGUUGACCAUCACCGGUUCGAGGUAAUUCGCGAUAAGUCGGUCGCGGUAGCUCUUUUAAGUGCGUUUUUAUUGUGCUUUUUUUAUUACUCCGUUUAUCAUUUUGUGUUCAGUUGUUUUUGAAAAUUAUUCAACCUGGAGGGCCACAACGUAACUCAUCAAAACUCCGCUAUGUUCACCAGGUUCGAUGCCACAAAAUCGACCAAAGGUGCGAGCAAGCUGCGGCGAGAUCUGAUAAAUGCGGAAAUAGGGAAUUUACGGGAUUUGCUUCCUCUUCCUGCGUCGACCAGACAAAGGCUCUCACAACUUCAACUCAUGGCUCUAGUCUGUGUCUAUGUCCGAAAGGCCAAUUACUUCCAACAAGUGUUCAAACGUCAUGAUCUAAGUCUGCACCAUGUUCCUACUCCUAGUAUAGGAUUUUCUAAGGCACUCAGCGGUUUCCUGCUGAUGAUGACACAAAAUGGAAAGUUACUAUACAUAUCAGAUAAUGCGGCAGAGUAUCUCGGCCAUUCUAUGGAGGAUUUACUGAUUCACGGAGACAGUGUCUACGACAUGAUAGACAAACAAGACCACCAGUCAAUUCAAACCGAGCUCAUGCGAAGCCCUGCGACCCAGGGAGACGACCACCGGCUGUUCCUAUGUAGAAUGAAUGUUUCCAGGAAUGCCAGGAGACAAAUGCGCUUCGGCGACCAAAAAGUGGUGCUGGUCAAGGGACAUUAUUUAUCAUUUUUGCCGUUGUGCAGUCGGAACGAGCCUGUUUUUUUAGCGACGUGUACGCCCGUGGCCAUGCCUGAGACCCGGGAGUGUGUCGUCCAGGGCGCCACCAAUGUUUUCACCGCCAUCCAUUCAAUGGACAUGAAGUUCAUCCACAUUGAUAGGAAUGGAGAGUUUCAUUUAGGAUUUCCAAGAAGCGAAUUGCAAGGAGCAUCGUGGUACCACCUCUUACACUGGGACUGCAUGCGAGAGGCUCAAAGUAAACAUAGGCUAAUUACUCAAUCCGAGCAAGAUAGGUCGUGUAUUUUACUCUUAAGGCUGCAAAGGCGGACGGGGGAUUGGGUGUGGAUUCACUGUGUGCUUCAAGUCAAAGAAAAUAUGGAAAAUAGUCAGCAACCAGUCAUAGUCUCUACAAAUCAAGUAUUAUGCGAGGAAGAGGCUGGGGUUUUGCGAGCGAAUAGUUGGCUCUACCACUACUACCUGGUCCAGAGCAAGCUGCAAUACGGGUUAGCGUACGAGACGGCGCGAAUGCCUGCGGCGGCCGUGGCCUACUACCAACACCCGCACGCCAUGUCGCCCUACCAGGAGCACACCGGCUCCUACCACCAGAUCUCGGCCUCCCUACCAACCCAACCUCACAUCCACUACCAGAACAGCACCCUCCAGCAGAGCAUAGAGUCCAACUUCCGCUACGGGAAGCGCACCGAGCCGGAGCCGGUCGACUACUCCCUCCACUCCUCGCAGGAGGACAACACCCCGGCACCCACGCCUCCCGAAGGCAGAUCUCUCAUCAAGCAGGAAAUCCCCCUGGCGCAACCCAUGAAGACGGAGCUCUCUCCCCAGAGCUCGCCCUCUUCGGAGGUGAUCGUGGACCUGGACCGGGGGUGCCACGAGUCCGGCGGAGGGACUCUUCUCCUGACGACGGCGGCCAGCCUGCGGCGACCGCGGAUUUUAGUCAAAGCCGCGGCGGCCCCGGCGCCGGACCCUGCCGAGUUCAUGGAGCAGUGGAACCCUAGUCCCCCGUGGUCGGAUAGCGCCGUCCAGAAGGUCCCGGACAUCGUGAGCCCGUACGUGACGACGACGCCGCCGACGCCGUCGUCCCUGCAGCCGCCCCCGCAUUCGGCGUUCUCCUUCGACUGGUCCGGCUCGGCCGAGCAGUACGUGCCCAGCACUCACGGGGACUCGGCCGCCUCCCCCAUGGACGAGGAUCACUACCCGACGCUCCUGGCUUCUUUUCCGUGGAGCUCCGAGCACAGGCUCUUCCCCCUCCAGCCGCCUCCUGCUGUCGCCAGGCCCUCACUCAUAGUUCGUCUCGACUCCGAGCCUAUAGAUCACCAUCAUAUACCAGUCAAAGAUUCUAGAGAAAUUGGAGAUAGUAACACGUGAAAUAGCUGACUCUAUUUUGAAGAGGACAAUUUGACCAAAAACUUCCAACUACUACACUAAACUGGAGUUGCAUCCGUGCUUCAUUACUUAUAGCACCAAAAAAGUGCAGUUGCAAUGUUGAAGCUAGCCCACCUUGAACCAAAAGUCUGAUAACUCAAUAAGUAUGCAAUAUGUUCAUCGCCGAUCGACCCGUUAUAGAAAGUAAUACAUACGACUUUUUUUUAACCCAUUUACUCACAAAGCCCACCGUUAGAUUAGACUCUAAUCAUCUGAGGCUAUCAUGCGCAAUGAGGUUCUCUACAUUGCAAGCAUUGGUUAGUGAUUAGCAAUUCCUUCCCGACAGAGUGAUUUUUCGGUGAAUGCGGGUAUAUUAGUUUCAUUAAUUAUGCAGCUCUCUAUAUUAUUUCCAUUUUUUGUUGUACAACUUUAAGCAAAGAAAAAAUGUAUUUUUGAACCAUGUAAGAAAAUUGAAAGUUAAGUUAAGAUAUCAAUGAAAUACCAUCUUAUAACUUCAAUUCCAACAGUCCAACUCAUGACUUGGGCGCUUGGUUAAAAUUAUAUUCACGCUUAAAUUUUUAACAAGGUUUUUUUUUAAAAAAAAAACUAUUAUUCAAAAGAAUACACCAAAGAAUAGUGUAGCUCCUUUAUUUUAAAGAAACAUAGUUCUAUAAAUUUUCUGUAUCUGCAAAAAUGUAAAAACCUAAAUUGAUUUAUCUUGACCCACAUAAAAAUAACACUUAUCAACGCAGAGAAGCAAAUGUAAAAAGGCAGAAGAGAAAAGAAAACAGUAUUUACCCUUUUUCACCUUUUAGGCGAUUGUGAUACCUAUUUUGAACCGGAAUUUAAAAUUUAUAUAAUGCAGGAGCUACAGUAAAUUUAUGUCCUCAAUGUCUGGCUUUCAUUGGAUUUUUACGAGUAUCAACCACUCAGACUGAGAAGAGCAGGAUGCUAAAGUAAA